GCCUCCGUCGUUAAUCCUCGGUGAUCUCUCGGAAGUGGGACUUUAUUUUAUUGAUUUCGCUAUGUUCAAUGAAGAAUUGAAUGUGUUUCCAACGGAGCACAUCCCUAAGGAACCUACUGCGAAAAUAAAUCGUGCUACUCUUCCUCGGCGUGCAAGGAAUUUUAGCAAAGAACAACUUCAAAGGGCUCUUCGGAAGAAAAAGGAAUGCAACGCAAAAGCACAACGUGUGGUGGAAACCCUGAUAGAACCAGGGCGAACGGAGGAUGAAUAUCUUGCGCUACUAAAGGACAUUAAUCAAUGCCACAUGGACGACAUCGUGCAAGAGCGAGCCAUUGAGAAACUUUGUGGCUAUCCGUUGUGUGAUAAUGAGUUGAAGAACAUCCCGAAGCAAAAGUACGCCAUUUCCGUUGCACACACCAAGGUGUAUGAUAUUACCGAAAGGAAAAACUUUUGCAGUGGCCAGUGUUACAAAGCAUCUAAUUACGUCAAACAGCAGAUGCUUACAAGUCCGUUAUGGCUGCGAGAUCAAGAGGAUAUCCCCAACUUUCGACUUCUGAAUGGCAGGCAGCUGAUCUACCGGAAAACGGACGUUGCGAAGCCUCUAUCAAUGAUGGAGGUUCAGUUUGGCGAGCUGAAAAUUAAAGAACGGAAGUAUAACGAGGAAGAAUUAAAGGAGAAACUUGGUGAAAAUAGUGAAGAACAAAUCGAUGUGCACGACGAAAGCUUAGAAGAAAGUUCAGAUGAUAAAUUGAAUGACGUAUUAUCUAAACUUGAAAUUUAAAUGAUUAAAUGUAAUUAAAUGUGAUAAAUAACUUACAUUGCAUAAUUAAAGCACAAAUUUUCCAUAACUUUUUAAACUGAUGUUGUCUCUGAAAUCGGCUAGCUGCAGGGAUUGAUG